AUUACUUUUUACUUUUACUCCUUACUUUUUUACAGAGUUAUCGGUACUUUCUACUUCUUAAAAUUUUAAAAAUAGCCUCGUUACUCUUUAUUUCGGCUUGAUUUGGCCCGGCUGGUCAACAUAAAAAAAAACACAAAUCGCGCCAUCAGGAAAGCUUGUGAUUGGAUAACAAGUAUAAACAUAAAAGAUCGUCUAUUGGUUUUUAUUUGCACGUCACGUCAAACUCCACAAGAACUCAACAGAGGAGUGUAGCCUAGCCUAUAGAAGAGACUCAAGGAGAUGUCUCACUCUAAACUGAACACCAGCGAGAAAGUCCCUAAUUAUGCAUCAUCUCCAGCUGCAGCUAGUAGCUCUGCGGAAGACCAGCCAAACCCACAUCCCUGGCCAUACCUGGAAGAAUUUUUUGGAAUGAUUGGAAGCAAAAAUAACUCUUUUCGAAUGCGCUGCAAGCUCUGCACACCCAAGCACCACGAACUACUGGCUUUCAAGAAUUCUCCAUCUAAUCUGAAAAAGCAUAUUGAGAAGAUACACCCCACUCAUCUAAAUAGGUACAUCCAACUUACUUCAGCAUCUCUCAAAAGGAGAUCAUCCACUGAAGGCUCUUUAGCCCCACCCUCCAAACAAACCAAGCUGUGGGAGACUCGAAGAGUGUCCCAGGAAAGUGUGGAUAAAGCAGUCCUCAAAUUCAUUGUCCAAGGCUUGCACCCACCACACACUGUUCAGCAACAGGGCUUCAUUGAUCUAGUGCAACAUCUUCAGCCAAAUACAAAUGUCAUGACACGCAAUACUGUUGUGAACAAAGUCACAAAAGCCUCAGUUGAAAUGAAAAGAAAACUGAAAGCUGCCCUUAGUGAAAUUGAGUUCAUAGCAACGACAACUGACUGCUGGACGGCACACCGUCGCAGUUUCAUUGGUGUCACUGCACACUGGUUUGACCCCAAAACCUUGCAGAGAUCCUGUGCUGCCCUGGCAUGCAAGCAACUUAAAGGGUCACAUACUUUUUCUGCUCUGGCUGGUGUCCUAAAUGAUAUUCACACAGAAUUCAGUAUCAGAGAAAAGAUUGUUCGCACUACAACUGACAAUGGAUCAAACUUCCUGAAAGCCUUCAGAGUUUAUGGGCAGACUGAAGAGAACAACAAUACUGAAUCUGUAGGAGAGGGUGAUGGAGAAGAGGAUGAUGAUGGCCAAAAUGAUGAUUACGAUGAAGAGGAGGAAAGAUUUGAGGGUGUUGAAUUUGUUGAUGCCGGAGCCCUGUUGGAUGAAGAUGACUACUUGGAAUUCCAGCUACCCAAGCACCAUCGCUGCGCUUGCCACCUUUUAAAUUUGGUGUCCACAGUUGAUGCUUUAAAGGCAGAGGUCAACCCAUUGUACAAGCGUGUGUCAAGGUCCACAUUUGCCAAAUGCUCUAGCCUGUGGAACAAAAGUUCAAGAUCAACCACCGCAUCUGAAGUAAUUGAAGACCACUGCAAACUCCAACUCAUAAGACCUGUUGCUACAAGAUGGAAUUCACUCUUCUCAGCCGUAGAAAGAAUAGUGAGAAUAACAAGAGAACAAGGUGAUGGAGCCCUUGCAGCUGUCUGCAAUGAACUAGAUACACCUAAGUUUACUCCAGUGGAACUUGCAUUUCUUGCAGAAUAUGCGAAGACAAUGAGCCCAGUUGCAAAGGCACUUGAUGUUCUUCAGGGAGAAACCAGUGUGCAGAUGGGAUGGUUGAUCCCCACCAUAACUCUGCUAAAGACCAAGCUCCAGCAACUUCGCCUCACCACCAAGUUCUGUGAGCCUUUGAUUGAUGCACUGCUUUCAGGCCUUGAAAAACGCUUCAGAGAGAUGCUUGCAGAUCCAGAGCUCAUCGCUGCAGCCAUUCUUGUUCCCAAGUUUAAGACCUGCUGGACAAGUGACGAAAAUACCCUAAAAUGUGGCAUUGACUACAUUAGAAGCCACUUGGGCUCUCAAGCAGAGAAUCACAUUAGUGAGGGAUCCCAGUCAUCUGAGGAAGACGACUUCUUUUCAUCCUUGAAAAAGACACGUCCUCUUGAAACAACCCAGCAAUUGGAUGCGUACCUGGGCUGCCCAGGAGACACAGUAGAGGUACUAAAGUCCUUCCCAGCUGUGUGCCAUCUAUCACUUAAGCUUAAUACGGCACUCCCUGCCUCAGCAGCCUGUGAAAGACUGUUUAGUGUUGCAGGGCUGAUCUUUAGACCAAGAAGAGCAUGCACUAGCUCUAAGAACUUUGAGAACCAGCUGCUGCUGCGACUAAACAAAGAUUUUUGGUAACACUUUGUUGUGUUUUUUUGUGCUUCACUGAUAGUUUCUGAUGUAGAGAUUGUUUUCUAACAUCUUCAGGUUACAUUUGUUGAUGAUUUACAUCUGCUGUACUCAGAGACGUGCAGCUAAGUUACGCUAAUGCACACUGCAAUAAAAGAUUUCCAUAACA